UGCGAGCCCAGCGGGGCUCUGCCGGCCGGGGCCCGCCCGCUGGUCAGCGCCCUCAUGUUCUCCGCCGGCCUCUUGGGCAACCUGCUGGCCCUGGGGCUACUGCUGCGCUGCCGGCGGGGGCCCCGCGCUCGCCCACCCUCCCUCUUCCACGUCCUGGUGCUGGCCCUGGUGGUCACCGACCUGCUGGGCACCUGCUCCGUCAGCCCCUUCGUCCUGGCUUCCUAUCACCGCAACCGUACCCUGACCGCCUUGGCCCAAGGAGGACACAUCUGCCUCUACUUCGGCUUCGCCAUGAGCUUCUUCGGCCUCGCCACCAUGCUCAUCCUCUUCGCCAUGGCGCUGGAGCGAUGCCUGGCCCUGGGGCAACCUUACUUCUACGAGCGCUUUCUCAGCCCCCGCACGGGCUUGGUUGCCCUGCCCGCCAUCUACACCUUCUCCGCGGCCUUCUGCUCCUUGCCGCUGGUGGGCUUCGGGCGGUACGUGCAGUACUGCCCCGGCACCUGGUGCUUCAUCCAGAUGCGCCUGGACUACCUCCAGCACAACGGCGGCAGGGAGGUGUCUCGGUUGGACCUCACCUUCUCGCUGCUCUACGCCACCCUGCUCCUCUUCCUCAUCCUCUCCGUGCUGCUCUGCAACCUCAGCGUCAUUGCCAACCUGGCCCGCAUGCACCGCCGUGGGCAGAAGACCCGCCGGCUGGCCACGCUCCAGCAGCCCCAGGCGGCCGGCAGCUGCAGCCGGCGCAUGUUCUCCAUGGCCGAGGAGAUCGACCAUCUCCUUCUCCUCUCCAUCAUGACCAUCACCUUCGUCAUCUGCUCCCUGCCAUUCACGAUCCGUGCCUACGUGAACAAGUUCAGCAAGGAAGAGGACAACCAAGACUGGGACCUCCUAGCCCUGAGGUUUCUCUCUAUUAAUUCCAUCGUCGACCCUUGGGUCUUCGCCAUCCUGAGGCCACCGGUCCUGCGGUUCAUGCGCUCCCUGCUGUGCUGCCAGGUGACCCCCAUGAGCCAGGACAGACGGACUCCGUCCCCCACAAAGACAAAACUGGCAGCACGGCUGGACCCCUGUGGGCAAUAG